CCGGGCGGGGCGAGCGGAGCCGGCGGCCCUCGGGCCCUCCCCCAGCGCUGGAAAGCGCGGGCUGCCCCGAGGGGGCGGCUUGGCUGCUGGCGGUUUGGCAGAUUAGUGAGGGAACAAGCAGAAAAGCGAACGGCCGUCUCUUCCCCGCUCCAGAGCGUGCUCGCGUUCCUGCUGGGGAUUUCGAGAAUCUCGAGGCAAUCUUGCCGUAUUUGAACUGGCCAAAGACAACUUCAGACCUGUAUAAUGUAACAGGAAAGGUCAGAAAACAUUAGGCAGUAGAAGUGUGAGCAUAUUAAGUAAGAUGAACGUCUCGGGAAGCAGUUGUGGAAGCCCUAGUUCUACAGAUGUAUCUAAUGACUUUAAGGAUCUUUGGACAAAACUAAAGGAGUAUCAUGAUAAAGAAGUACAAGGUUUACAAGUAAAAGUAACCAAACUGAAAAAGGAACGAAUUUUAGAUGCACAGAGACUAGAAGAAUUCUUUACCAAAAAUCAACAGCUGAGAGAGCAGCAGAAAGUCCUUCAUGAAACCAUUAAAGUUUUAGAAGAUCGAUUAAGAGCAGGAUUAUGUGAUCGCUGUGCAGUAACUGAAGAACAUAUGCGGAAGAAACAACAAGAGUUUGAAAAUAUUCGACAGCAGAAUCUUAAACUUAUCACAGAGCUUAUGAAUGAAAAGAAUACUCUACAGGAAGAAAAUAAAAAGCUUUUUGAACAGCUGCAGCAGAAAAUUGAGAAUGAUCAACCACAUCAAGCAACCGAUCUUGAAUCUGAGGAAGAUGUUAUUCCAGAUUCACCAAUAACAACCUUUUCAUUUUCUGGCGCUAACCGACUACGAAGGAAGGAGAACCUCCACGUCCGAUACGUAGAACAAACACAUACUAAACUGGAGCACCCUGGGUGUGCACAUGAAUUGAGAAAAGUACCAAAGUCUUCAACUCAUCCACAACAUAAACAUAAUGAACGUGAAAUUCUAGUGGCUGACACUUAUGAUCAGAGUCAAGCUCCAGUGGCUAAUACACAUGGAAAAAGCAGUUAUCCUCCUGAUAAUUUAGCUACAGUUGUUGCUGAAACACUUGGACUUAGUGUUCAAGAUGAGUCUGAAUCUCGAGGUCCUAUGAGCCCUCUUGGUGAUGAGCUCUACCACUGUCUGGAAGGAGAUCACAAAAAACCUUUUGAGGAAUCUAGAAGAAAUAGUGAAGAUAGUUUAAGAUUUUCAGAUUCUAAUUCAAAGACUCCUCCUCAAGAAGAAUUGACUACUCGGGUAUCAUCUCCUGUAUUUGGAGCUACCUCUAAUGUGAAAAGUAGUUUAGGUUUGAAUACAAGUUUGUCCCCUUCUCUUUUAGAGACUGGGAAAAAAAACCAUCUGAAAACAAUGCCUUUCAGCAACACUUCUAAUUCUAGAUCAGAGAAUCCUAGAUCAAAAUCUGAAGAUGGUGCCCUUUUCACACAUCAUAAUAUUGGGGCUGAAGUGAAGAAGAUCACUAACCAGUCAUCUUCUAAUAAGCAGAUGCUUAUAAAUAAAAAUAUAAGUGAACAGGAUAGUAUUGAUCACAUUAAAGAUACUGUUACUGAUAAAGAUAAACAUGUGGUACCCCUGAAGUCACUGGGAGGCCGAACCAAAAGGAAGAAAAUCGAGGAAGAAAGUGAAGAUGAAGUAAGCUGCCCCCAAGCCUCCUUUGAUAAAGAAAAUGCCUUUCCUUUUCCACCGGAUAGUCAUUCUUACAUGAAUGGAGACUAUGUGAUGGAUAAACCUCUGGAUCUGUCUGAUCGAUUUUCAGCUAUUCAGCAUCAAGAGAAAAGCCAAGGAAGUGAGAACUCUAAAAUCGGAUUUAGGCAAGUUACUCUCUAUGAGGUUCUGAAGCCUGUUCCAAAGGGCGCUUCCUCAAGCCGUAAGGCCUUGAGUGGGAGCUGUGGGUUAACCAAAGAUUCCCCAGAAGAGCCCAGCAGUUUACAGGAGUCCCUCCUCCAGUCCUUGAGUAAAUCUCCGGAUAAUAAAACACUGUUACAAAUAAAGGAAGAAAAUUCUAUCUUUAAAAUCCCUCUACGUCCACGUGAAAGUUUGGAGACAGAGAAUCUUUUUGACGACAUGAAGGGUGCUGGUUCUCGUGAGCCUAUAAAAGUAAAAACCAGGUCAGUCCAUGGAGCAUGUGAACUUGCAUCAGUUCUUCAGUUAAAUCCAUGUAGGAUUGCUAAAACAAAGUCUCUACAAAACAACCAAGAUGUAUCCUUUGAAAACAUCCAGUGGAGUAUAGAUCCAGGAGCAGACCUUUCUCAGUAUAAAAUGGAUAUUACUGUAGUAGAUACAAAGGAUGGCAGUCAGUCAAGAUUAGCAGGAGGAGAGACAGUGGACAUGGACUGUACAUUGGUUAGUGAAACUGUGCUUUUAAAAAUGAAGAAUCAAGAGCAGAAGGGAGAAAAAAGUCCAAAUGGAGAAAGAAAAAUGAAUGAUAGCUUGGAAGAUAUGUUUGAUCGGACUACACAUGAAGAAUAUGAAUCAUGUUUGGUGGAUAGCUUCCCCCAAGUAGCAGAUGAAGAGGAGUCGUCAACUGCUACAAAAAAACCAAACUCUCCUGGUGAUAAAAAAGAUAAAGUCAAACAGAAAGCAUUUGUGGAGCCAUAUUUUAAAGAUGAUGAAAGAGAGACUAGCUUACAAAAUUUUCCUCAUAUUGAGGUAGUCCGGAAAAAAGAAGAAAGAAGAAAAUUGCUUGGACACACAUGUAAGGAAUGUGAAAUUUUUUAUUAUCAGUAUUAUGCAGAUUUUCCAGCAGAAGAAAGAGAAAAGAAGUUGGCUUCCUGCUCAAGACACCGAUUUCGCUACAUUCCACCCAACACACCAGAGAAUUUCUGGGAAGUUGGUUUUCCUUCCACUCAGACUUGUAUGGAAAGAGGUUACAUUAAAGAAGAUCUUGAUCCUUGUCCUCGUCCAAAAAGACGGCAGCCUUACAAUGCAAUAUUUUCUCCAAAAGGCAAAGAGCAGAAGAUAUAAAUGUUGAAGCAAAAACAGGAGAGAUGACAAUAUUCUUUUUAUUUAUAGUUAAAGUUGGUAUUAAACACUGAUUUUUUUGAUCUUCUGAAAACUGAUUUAUAAAUCAUUUUUCUAUUGAAAAUGUUUUGAAAUGGCAUCUACCCAUCACACAGACGACUAUUUAAAAAUGGAUAAGUUUAUGUCGUAUUUUCUUGCUUUUGCACCUUUAAAAUAAUAAGGUGCUUUUAUUUUGCACUCUAAGUUAAAAGUUGUUUAUUACUUUAUUUGGUAAUACCUAAUUACAAUUUUGAAAAUAUGAUAGUUGUAGUCUGAUUUGUUGCCUUUCAGAUAUUUUACUCCAUCUUCCCUUGGUAUUCACAUUCAGCAGUGACUUCAUGUUAACAUAGAUUUUUAUUCUGUUAACCAAGUUGCUCUUAUGUAGGUCAUUCCAAUGUCUGGCAUUCACGUCUUUUAAAAGGCUAAAUUUUAAUAAUCCUUUUAACUUUCCAGCUUCUUUCUUUCAUUGACUUGAAAUGAAGUACUACUCGGUAGUGAAUUCCUUUCAAGAUGACUACAAAUAUCAACUUUCAUUCCUUUGCCACGUACUAUAAAUUAACAUCCUCUGAUCAUACUAUUCCAGCUCUUCACAUGUUUUCUUUUCAUCAUACUUGUUAUUCCUAGUGCAGUUUUCAAACUGAAUUUGAGUUCUUCUCCACCCACAUGUUCAAAUUCAGUUAGUUGUAUUUCUCUGGAUUGACUAAUGUUAUGAACUUCCAAUUUGUGAACAAAAUAGAUUUCUGUAUUUAGCAACUUUUUACUCCUCCAGAACCUAGUGUCUGAGUCAUCAAGAUGACUGACCGCAUCUGUGUCACCUUUUCUAGUGGCAUUUUAUCAGUGUCUUGUGUAUUCCUUUAAUCCAGAUCUUGACAGUAUUACAUAAGCAGGAGUACAUGACACACUGAAUGCAAUGCCUCACGAAAAUCUAAAUUACCUUAUAGAUAUAACCUUUACUUCUCAGAGUUUUUAAAAAUCUGUUUAGUCUCGUCUUCCUCAUUGAUCAAGGUUUUCAUGAAUAAAUGACAUCAGUUUUAUGUUUUCACAGAGGGGACUGGAAAAUAAAUCACUUAUAUUUAGUAUCUACUUUUAUGUUAGACCCUCUUUGUACAUUGUUUGGCUCUGAAUGUGAUUCUUAAUUUUUUUUUUUUAAUGGACCUAUCAUAGCUUCUAUUCAGCACUUUUCUUCCCUUCCCAAAUUGUUUAUCCUAUGUUUGAUUUUUUGUUCUCUGCUGGCAGUCAACUAAUCUCCCCCAAAUAAUAGCCAUUCAUUGGUCACUUAGUAUAUUCCAGAAACCGUGUUACACUCUUCACAUAGAUUUUUCUCUUUUAAUCUUCAAAUAAUCUUGUGAAUUUGUGUAUCAGCUUAACACUAAGCUGCAAAAAAAUAGAUCCAAAAAA